GGCUGUUCCCCGGCGGACUGCAAGCCGCGCGGAUGCAAUGCCCCGAGCGUCCGUCUCCUCCCGAGCCCCUCGACCGAAAUCCGGGCGCCCGAUUAAAGGCUGUCGAUGUCCAGUGGUCUGCAGUCCAUGAGCAGUUGACUAGUCCAGGUGUUUCUGCUUCUGUUCCUGUGCUAUGUGAAUUGGGAAUUCAAGAGAAGAGUGUGCAGGAUGGAGGAGUUGAGGGACAGUCGGCCCAAUAUGUCAAGACCUCUGAUCACUAGAUCCCCUGCAUCUCCAUUGAACAAUCAAGGCAUCCCCACUCCAGCGCAGCUCACAAAAUCCAACGCGCCGGUUCACAUUGAUGUGGGUGGGCACAUGUAUACGAGCAGCUUGGCCACGCUUACAAAAUAUCCCGAUUCCAGAAUUGGCCGGCUUUUCGAUGGCACGGAGCCCAUUGUCCUCGACAGUCUCAAGCAGCAUUAUUUCAUCGACAGAGAUGGGCAGAUGUUCAGAUAUAUCUUGAAUUUCUUAAGGACAUCAAAACUCCUCAUUCCUGAUGAUUUCAAGGACUACAGCUUGUUAUAUGAAGAAGCAAAGUAUUUCCAGCUUCAGCCCAUGCUAGGAGAGAUGGAGCGGUGGAAACAGGACCGGGAGAGCGGCCGCUUCUCAAAGUCUUGCGAGUGCCUGGUGGUGCGAGUUGCCCCAGAUCUCGGCGAGAGGAUUACCCUGAGUGGAGAUAAGUCACUGAUAGAGGAGGUGUUCCCUGAGAUCGGCGAUGUGAUGUGCAAUUCCGUCAACGCCGGCUGGAACCACGACUCGACACACGUCAUCCGAUUUCCGCUGAACGGAUACUGUCACCUCAACUCAGUUCAGGUACUUGAGAGGUUACAGCAAAGAGGGUUUGAGAUUGUUGGCUCAUGUGGAGGUGGGGUGGACUCUUCCCAAUUCAGUGAAUACGUACUGAGACGAGAACUCAGAAGGACAUCUCGUGCACCCUCUGUCAUUCGAAUAAAGCAAGAGCCUCUGGACUAAAAUGGACAUGUUUCUUUAUGCAAAAAAAAAAAAAAAAAGAAAAAAAGAAAACAAAGAGGAAAAAAAAAAAAAAAAAUGGGGACAUUUCAUGUGCAGUUUGGACUCCAAACAAGUCCUAGAACUAAAAUUGAAUAAAAGACACAUUUAUAUCAAAUAUAGAGACCACACCUGAAUUCAUAUGGGAUCACUUGGAAUAGUAGUGAUAAUAAUAAUCACCUCAAGGUAUAAAAGAAAACACACACACACACAUAUAAAAAAUAUGUAUGUAUAUGUAUGUCUGUACAUAUAUAUAUGUAUGUAUAUGUCAAAGGGUAGGAAAUGCAAUGACAAAAUGUGGUAGAUGAGGUUGGUGCUGUGAUGGCCAUUAAGUGUCCUAGGCCCUUCCCGGGCCCACUUAACGGUGUACAAGCCAUUGCUGGGGGGGUUUCAUAGACUACUCUUCACCCAUUUUCAUUGCCAAAACAGCCAUCCACUUUUUAAUGUGUACACACCUUGACUCAACUUUAUUUGCAUAUGGAGGUUUAUGUCUGUCUUUUUUAGAGGUGGAUGGGCAGCUGUUCAGGAGACAACCAUCCAUUGCAUUGGAAAGCUGAAAUUUUAAAUGUAGUUUGUACAGAAGUCGCACACUUUUUGUCUGCCCUCACAGAUGUGAAAGGUUAACGUUUCUUUUGAAUGAGUUUUUCUGUUGUUUUGUUUUGUGUUUUUCAAAGGGGGCCAGAAUAAUUAAUAUUUGGUAGAGAUGCUCUGGUUUGAAUCUGCUGCUUUCCUACAAUUUUUUCAAAUUUUAUAAUGUAUUAAAUACAAUAAACUCCUGUUUAAAAUAA